AGAUCCUUUGAACCUACCCAGGUAUCCUCUCUAUACACAAUAGAGUAAAUAAACAUUAUGAUAAAGUUUGGGUGCUUUUAAAUUGUAAUGAUUGUCGAUCUUUAUUUCAUCAACACUCACUCUUUUCACGACUCACAAGCCAACUUGACCUUCCACUUACCAGGUGUUUGCCCGGCGUCACCGUCAUUUCUUGGGGGAAAACUGCUCCGUGCUAUCCAAACUCGAAACUUAAUCCGCUAUCUGUUGAACUCGAAACACGGAAAACAGUCACUCCAAGUACUACAAUAGGUGCCUGGUACCUAGGUCCUAGGUCCUAGGUUAAUCACUAAUAAGGUACCUAACACGCAAGAUAUACACAAGAAAGAUAUACACAAGAUACCAGUACUCUGUAUUCGAAAUAGUAGGAUCUCCAGGGAUUAUUUUUGCCUUGGCAACCAUCUUUUGCAUCCACUUUGUUUACAAUCCCUACCGAAUUUCUAACAUCCUUUUAAUGCGCGGCCCUCCUCAAGGUGAAACCACUUGUCACAAGAGACUUUUCCUUCUCACUCAGGUUCAACCACCCAAACCACCCAAACCACCUAACAAAAUAAUUGUCAUCCUUUUCUCGACUCCUGCUUCUGCUUCACGGUCUACCAUAUCCUAGUGUUCAGGCCGGAAAGGAAAGAAGGAUAGGCAUGGGAAUUAUUGACUCUAACCUGACCCAUCAACAUACAGCCACUAGAACCUUGUAGUCAAUCUUACAAUCUAGUACGGAAGAAGCCUUGGAUCGAAAGAUAUUCCCAAACCGAGCCCCCUCGCAAGGAAAUUCACCUCGCUCCUACGCAUCCCUUCACCCCACAGAUCACAAUAGGACGGUAAUCUCAUACAACGAUACCAUGUCCUAUAAUCGAUUAGGUAUGUCCUCCUAUCCAAUUUACCAAAUCUCUUCUCCGUCUUCCCUAGCACACUUUAUCCGCGUUUCGCAUUGUGAUGGCAGUGAAGUGAAUGUAAAGUUUGAAUCAAAUCACAUUAUUGUCUUGAAGACCAUUCACGUCGACCAGUGUAUCCAUUCUGCGGCGCAUAGCAAAAGCGAAGCCACAGUCAAGUAAACUAUACUGCGCAAAGGGGAUUUCCUGAUGGGUCGCAGAAUUACUUGAUACAUUCAAUUUCCCCUCUGCUAGGACAGAAGCACUUUUUCUUCCUAUCAACAAAUCAUCUGCAAUAUCUACACUUUUGUUUACUUACAGCAAACGUUUCUAAUUUUCGACCCACACAGAUCCGGCGGGCCAAGGCCAGGACGAUUAUUACGAUAUGAAUAACCGACACAACUCGCCGCGCCCUCAAGGGUACCAACUAGAAGAUGCGCCAUAUGGAAGACAACCUAUUGGAUCUCCCGGUCCUGGUGUUCCCAAUCUGGAGAUACCUAUGGGUCCUGGGGGACACAGAAUUGGAACACCAAGUGAUCAAUUACAGCCUCAGCCAUCUGUGAGUUCUUAGGAUUGAUGUGCCUGCGAAGAGAUGGAGCUUUAUCUGACAUGAAUUCUACAGUACUCCGUCGAGCAUAUAGAUCAAAGUCAAUACCAUCAGCGCAUGCCCCUAAAUCUCAGUCAAAGUUACGACUCGGGAUACUCUUUAGAUCCUAACGCGCAUCAAGAUGCUUAUUAUCAACCUCCAUACCAACCAUCUCCUCAUGAAGAACAUCCUUCACAAACUUAUCCCCAAGGGCAAGACUCCUACGGUUACAAUGACGAUGAUGACCAUCAACCAAUUCUACAGUCGCAUGAACCUUACGGGCCAGAUCCACACACAGCUAGUGGUGCAGAGUACAAAGGUUAUGACGGAGCUGGACACUCUCCAUCUUCGACACCUAUACCUGCUUUAAGAAGAUACAAGACAGUAAAGGAAGUCCAGUUGUUUAAUGGAAAUCUCGUACUUGAUUGUCCAAUUCCUCCUAAGCUUUUAAGUCAAGUCAAUCAUGCACCACCUCCCGAGAGAGAUGAAUUUACGCAUAUGAGAUACUCAGCAGCAACAUGCGAUCCCAGUGAGUUUUUUGAGGAGCGUUUUACAUUGCGACAGAAACUCUUUGCGAAGCCUCGGCAUACAGAACUCUUCAUUGUUGUGACUAUGUAUAAUGAAGAUGAUGUAUUGUUUGCCCGAACAAUGCAUGGAGUAUUCAAGAACGUUGAAUAUAUGUGCACUCGCAAGGAUAGUAAAACAUGGGGAAAGGAUGCUUGGAAGAAGAUCGUAGUGUGCGUUGUCAGUGAUGGACGUGCAAAGAUCAAUCCAAGAACUAGAGCUGUGUUGGCUGCUUUGGGAGUGUACCAAGAUGGAAUUGCGAAGCAACAAGUUAAUGGCAAGGACGUGACAGCACAUAUCUACGAAUAUACGACGCAAGUUGGCAUUGCUCUGAAGAAGGAUAUCGUCACACUCACACCGAAACAGCAACCUAUCCAACUGCUUUUCUGUUUGAAGGAAAAGAAUCAGAAAAAGAUUAAUUCGCAUAGAUGGUUUUUCCAAGCCUUUGGUCGGGUACUCGAUCCCAAUAUUUGUGUACUCAUUGAUGCUGGUACGAAGCCAGGAAAGGACUCGAUUUAUCAUCUCUGGAAAGCUUUUGAUUUGGAACCUACUUGUGCAGGAGCUUGUGGUGAAAUCAAAGCUAUGUUGGGUCCAGGAGGAAAGAAUCUGCUCAACCCUCUGGUUGCUACCCAGAAUUUUGAGUACAAAAUGAGUAACAUUCUUGAUAAACCUCUGGAGUCGGCAUUCGGGUUCAUUUCAGUGUUGCCUGGUGCUUUCUCUGCAUAUCGUUAUGUUGCGUUGCAAAACGACAAAACUGGUAAUGGACCGCUCGAGAAGUACUUUGCAGGAGAGAAAAUGCAUGGAGCCAACGCUGGUAUCUUCACUGCCAAUAUGUACCUUGCUGAGGAUCGUAUUCUGUGUUUCGAGUUGGUAUCGAAGAGGAACUGUCACUGGAUCUUGCAAUACGUCAAGUCUGCUACUGGAGAAACUGAUGUACCAGAUACGAUGGCCGAACUGAUUUUGCAACGUCGAAGAUGGCUUAACGGAAGUUUCUUCGCCGCUAUCUAUGCUCUUGCUCAUUUCUAUCAAAUUUUCCGAAGUGAUCACAGCUUCUUGCGGAAAAUUAUGUUCUUGAUUGAAUUCACAUAUCAAACUAUCAACAUGAUCUUCGCUUGGUUCGCUCUUGGUAACUUCUUCUUGGUCUUUCAUAUCCUAACUACUUCUCUCGGAAACUCUGACUUACUCGGAAAUGUCGGUGUGAUUCUUGGUGUUGUCUUCGAAUGGCUUUAUUUAUUCACGCUUUUGACCUGUUUUAUUCUGGCUUUGGGUAAUCGGCCUCAAGGAACGAACAAAGUUUACAUGUCUAUGGUCUAUUUCUGGAUUAUUAUCAUGAUGUGAGUGAUUCUUGAUUCGAUUUGCUUUCUCUUACUAAUUGAAAUAGAUACCUGAUGUUCGCUUCAAUUUUCAUCACGGUCAAGUCGAUAGAAACUCAGCUUGCCAAAAACGAAUUCAACUGGACAGAUAUCAUCAAGAAUCAAAUCUUCUAUACUCUAAUCAUCUCUCUCGCCUCGACCUAUCUGCUCUGGUUCAUUUCUUCCUUCUUAUUCUUCGACCCAUGGCACAUGUUCACAUCUUUUAUUCAAUACCUUCUUCUCACACCAACGUAUAUCAACAUUCUCAAUGUUUACGCUUUCUGUAAUACUCACGAUAUUACUUGGGGUACCAAAGGAGAUGAUAAAGCCGAGAAACUGCCUUCCGCUGUCCUCAAAGCUGGUGGCAAAGUCGAUGUCAAUAUUCCCACCGACGAUGGUGAUCUCAACGCUCAGUAUGAAUCUGAGAUGCGCAAGAUCCAAUCAAAAGCACCUCCGGAGAAACGUGAAUUCUCAGCAGAGGAAAAGCAAGAAGAUUAUUACAAAUGGUUCAGAUCUUCGGUCGUCUUGUUCUGGUUGGUCUGCAAUUUUGCGCUCACGAGUGCGGUAUUGAGUACAGCUGGACUGGAAAAUAUUGAUACGAGUACGGAUGAUACAACAAAGAGUACAAUCUACAUGGCGGUUGUGCUUUGGAGUGUAGCCGGAUUGAGUUGCUUUAAAUUUAUCGGCGCGAUGUGGUUUUUGAUUGUGAGGAUGUUUAGAGGUGUUUAAAGGGAGCUGAGAAGUGCUAAGGAGGUAGGAUGAGGGGAGGAGAAGGGGAAAGUGGUAUUCGAUAUGAAUGCAUUGGAUAUGCUAUGAAAGGAUAGGAUAAGAUACCCCAGGAUCUGUUAUGUUCAGGUGGCCAGAGGAGGAUAGAUGGAAAUGGUACACACAGUUUGUAUGCAUGCGCGCGUUUUUAUAUUUUUCCAUAUUUCACGAAGCGAGUUUGGGGAGUCGGAUCAAAUCUGAAAUGUGUUUGGGGAUUUUCCUUCUUAUGAUCGCAUGACUUAUAUUGCCUUUGGUUUGUAGGAGUAGGCAACAUUGUAUAUGUACAGAAUGAAUGGAGUUUGAGGGUAGGGGAUUGGGUCUGUAAAGGGUGUAAAAUAUCAAGGUGAUGUGAGAGAUUGAGGAGAGAUUAAGGGGAGAUAUGAAUAUGAAUAUGAAUAAUAAAU